AAUUUCAUAUUUUAAGGAAAUUUUAUAUUUUCCUACUCUGUCAAAUUGGAAUUUGUACACAUAUCGAAUAACAUGAAAUUAUUAUUCGGCAAGAAAAUUUCAAACAAAUUACAAGUAUUUGUUUUGCAAGCCCGCAUACAACCGUACAUGAAAAUCGUCAUGUUCAUUCAUUCUCAUUUUCAAAACUUUAAUUCAUUUUUCGGAUGGAAAAAUGAAAAAUAUUUUUACUCUAAAAUACUAAAAUGUCUUACGAAAUGUCUUGCGAAUACGAAAAUAUCUUAAAUACACGUCGAUUCCUCAGGUAAUCGAAUAUUUCGAAAAAAUGCAUUAUUCUAAUAUUAUUUGUAUGUAAAUUAUUUUCUUGCAUUUUCGUGCAUUUUCAUACACUUUUUCGGAUUUUUAGUUGGUGUUAUUAAACGUUUAAAAACAUUUUCGUGCACUAUUUUCGUGCAGGUGUUAUUUAACAGCAGAAACACUGGUUCUACAUAGUCUUACCAUAAGAAGUGAUAGUAGAGCGUAGUUUUUGAGCCGGUCAAUAUAAAAUUAAAAGGUCAGUUGCGGUAUGUGCAUACAUUCAGUGGCUAUCAUUGGUGUUGACCGUUUUUACCUGACUUCACUAGGUCAAAAGAUAAAGGAGCUUAGCUAGACGCGCGCGGCAAUAAUUUUUCACUUUUUGCACGAGAAAAAAAUACACAAUGUUUGAUGUAGUGUAGCAGUCCAAGUACAACUACGAUCUGGUUGCCCAAACUAUUAAAGUAACCCUAGGGACAGUGUCUAUCUCUGAGAUAAAAGUUCUGGUUGUCCAAGGUCAAGGAGGACUACAGUGAGGUCCGACGCUUUAAACACCAGAAUGGCACAAAACCUCUGUCCGACGUCGGAGACUUUGGCCACACAAAUGACCUUUCAACUUUAUAAAUCAGAUGAGCACUGAAAAAUGACCCUAAGAUGGAAGCCUUUUAGAGUAGAAAGCGUCAUAUCCUACUGAUUGCCCAGACAUAAGCUAAGGUCAAAAAAUCGAACACUUUCUCCCAGCGGUACGGUAAAAAGCAAACAAAAAAUAACCCGUCUGCAGAUGAGAAUUUCUUUAAGACGGAGCCAUAUUUCCACAAAAAAAGAAGUAGAAUCUAUGUUAAAUAUUCUUAGGGUUAGUUAAUUACGAAAUGGAGAUCGAAGGUUAUCUUAUCGGCCUACAUUCAUGGUUUUGGCGGGAAUCGGCGGAAUAGGGCAAAAACCGCCCAAUUUUCUGGAUUAUGGAGACGAGAUAGUUUUAAAAAAUAUUUGAUUAACGUCAUAGUGAAGUAGGAACACCCCCUCAACUAGACCAUAUUGGGUGAAAAGCCACCAACCUUUGUGAAGGGCUCCACACUAACAUAUACAGCGAAAUUCAUGAAAAACUGGAUUAAAAUCAAUAUUUCUGACUUCAUUUGCACUUUAGGUUUGACCUUAGCAUUUUCGAACCGCGGUCAACUUCACCAUCAAAUAUUGAUUAAAGUUGCGGAAAGGGUCUGUUCUGAACCCCAUAUAAGUGUCAGGGUCACAAAAAAAAUUUCUGACCCGGGAAUGAUACACUUUGUUGCUUAAUUUCGUGCGUAUUUUUGAUAGAGCUUUCUCCUCUCGUGACCAAUUUCUCAGUGCCACAAGACUACUUAGAAUACAAUUUGCAAUUUAUAUGCACAUAAUUUAUACCUAUUUUACCCUAGAAAAAUUAUAAUCAAUGAUUAUGAUACAAAUUAAAAUAUUUAAUUAAAGAUGGUCAACAACGAGUAUGCGUGAAUAAAUGCUAGUUAAUAAACUAAACCUAAGUUUCAUUCAUAAGUGCUAAAUUAAUACGAAGGUACAAAAUAUUUCAUUGUUUAGUUCAUUUUUUGGUUAAUAUUUCAUUUUUAGAGUCCGGCAUUACUUUUUACAUGCAAUCCUCAACAUGGUAAAAAGUAUAAACAUUUCUAUAUUUUGCACGAUACAUACAUUGAAUUGAUACCAAUACAUAUGCGAUCAAAGACAUCGAUAAUACGAAUCAUGUAUAAACUCAUGUAAAAUGACGACAUGGCAAUCAAAAACAGACCAAUCUUAUCUUAUUUUUCACACACGACUUAUAAGUGGUAUGAAUCAGCACGUACAUAAAUACUUAUGUACUAGUCAUAUUCAGACAGAUCAAACGUACAUACAGUUUGCAGACACACCUAUCCAAAUUUAAUAAUUUGAAUGAUGGUAUUUUCACCAAAAUUUUGGAUUUUCAUCCCAAUCCUAGCCUCAAUUUCGACGUCAUUAUCAGACAAAGAUUUUGAAACGCCUUACACCAUAUUUAAUCCUGACGAUAUUCCAGCCAUACUGGCACCACGUCUCGAGCGUUACGACCUGACAGCGGAUGACGUCUCCUACGAGAUACGAUACCUCGUCGCCAAAUUUCUCAACAUAUUGCUAAUUCAGCCCGUCGCGGGUAGAUCAAUAACCGACAUCAUUGAACAGGACAUCAUUAAGGCCUACACCUUUAUAAUAGAACACCCGAUAAACGAAAAAAUUUUCUCCAACUUCUUUGACAGACUUAUCGCCUUAAAUAUUAAUGAAGGCACCCUUCUUGACACCAUGAUUGACAACGUGAUCAAGGACUUUCAAGAUGAACCUGACCCCCUCGAAAUUAUCGAGCUUCAUGACUUCUUAAAACUUGUAAUAAUGAUUGAAGCCAGUCCAGAAGUUACGGAUGUGAUGAGAGCCUUUUGUCAUGACAUGUACGUUUUCACCGCAAUAAUGAGUACAAUAGAAAAUUUGUCUAUAGAAGAAAGGUCAAGCUUGUUGGCGAGGGCGAUUAGUGCUUCGAAUGAACCGGAUUAUGAUGCGGACACCGCUGUGGCGAUACUCGACGAGUUUGAGGCGACGAGAGACGAAAAAUCGAAUUUGGAAGGGACGAGUGAAGGGCUAGGAACAUUGACAUCCAUUGUAAUAAAACAAGUGGAAAAGUACCUCGGUACUGGAGUUGAUUCAUUGAAUCCAGAAUUUGUCGAUUGGCUAGAUCGUAUCUUGACAAGAUAUCUGCACAUCGAUGAAAUUCAAUCCCACGAGGACACACAACCAGUCCUGGAUGACUUAAGAGAAUUUAUAAUCGCUAAAUCUGAACAAUUUUAUGUAUACGUGAACAAAUCUGAUACCUACACGACGGAUACGGACGAUUGGAUUGAUUUCAUCUUGGCUAAAGUAACCAAAAUUUUUGGGAUAGUUCGGAAACAGGAAAUGUUUGAAAUUAUGGACAUCUUAUGUCAAAAUCCGUACGACGCUAGGGCACUUCUCGCAUACGCGUAUCAAGCUCAGUUACAACGUUUGGAAACGUUUAAGCAAAGUCGACCCCAAAUUGAACCAAUUUUGAAGUUAACGUUCGACUGGGUGAUGAACGAGAUUUUGGUUUCGUUGAACUACUGGGGACCUGCUUACACGAACUUCUUCUUGACCGAGGAAAUUUCUGAAAUGAGCGUGGAAGAAUUUAUGGAAACGAUAGACAAACCUUUGCAGCUUCAUGGAUAUUCAGUUUACGAAUUGAAUCCGAGAUUUCGUGAAAUUUUAUCGGAAAUGUUCUAUCGCUUUAACGGAGAGACUGACGAGGAAAUUUUCGACCAAGAUUUGCCAACGUUACGCAUUUACCUGGAAACUGGUAAAUGCGUAAAAACGUUUUGUAAAAACUUUUGUCCAGGAUGAAGACAAAUUCUACAAGUUUGUGUCAGAUUACAGUGAAAAUUUGAUAAACGUAGUUGCCCGUUCGAUUUUAGAAGUUGUCCCUCUUAACGAAAUGAUCAGCUUCGUCAACAUUAUUAAUCGGGAUGAGCCCUUGUACAGUAUAGGCAGAAAGUCAUUAUACCCUCAUACUUUAUGUACAUAAAGCCUCAUAUUUUUUGAUAAGCUUCAGAGGAUGAACUGCAAUUUUACACAAUUACUUACUAUGAUGCACCUGUACCUAUCUGGGGGUCACUUUGGAUUCAAAACUGAACUGGAGACUGCAUUGCGAUACGAAGGCGCGGAAAGCCACCGUGUCUCUAAUGCAAUGCAGACGGGCUAUGGGCCCUACCUGGGGUCUUGGUCCAAAAGGUAGUCUCUGGAUUUACAAGGCGGUGGUUCGGCCGGCCAUGGAGUAUGCUGCGAUGGUCUGGCUGCCCGCGACCAAUAAAAAAUUCUGCGACCGGCUUCGGAGGGUACAGGGGCUUGCACUCCGCAUGGUCACUGGUGCUCUUCCGACUACUCCGACUGCGGCCUUAGAAACCCUACUUGGUGUCCUUCCAAUUCAGCUAAGACUUCAGGAAGUGGCUCUUCAAUCUUAUUUAAGAUUAAGGGUCCGUGGUCAAUGGUUGAACUGGGUUGGAUACGGUCGUGGUUUGAAGAAAAUCACUCACAUUGAGAUGUGCUCUAGCCUGGCUCAGAAUAUUCCUGAGUUGGGCUUUCCUUAUGACUAUAAAUCUGUUAAACCUCCCGAGGCUCGUAAUUUUAAAAUACGGGUCGCUACUCGGGAGGAAUGGCUAGAUAUGUACGACAACUACUUGGAUCUACCUGGGCUCCUCUGUUUUACGGAUGGGUCUAGGGGUAAGGGGGGAUCCGGUGCAGCCUUCAUAAUUGGUGAAGGUGGUAACUUCAUGGAUGGGCCUAGUGGCGUUACACCUCUGGGUAAUUAUGCUACGGUCUUCCAGGCUGAACAGAUUGGGGUUCUUUCGGCGUGCAACUACAUGUCAGAAAAUCCAAGUCUACACAAGGAAGUGAAUAUCUUUGUUGACAAUCGCAGUGUCCUUGAUUCUCUUCUUAGUGAGCGGCUGGUUUCCUCCCUCACGGUUGAGCUUCAUAGGGCGCUGCAGCAAUUGAGCAUUCACAAAGACAUUACCUUACAUUGGAUCCCUUCCCAUUGGGGUUUAUGGGGUAAUGAAGGCGUGGAUAAGCUGGCUAAAGAGGCUGCUAAAAUAACAACAUGCGGUCCAGAGCCAGUUAUCCCUGUCAACUCAGCAAUUGGAAAAUUUGCAAUAAAACAAUGGGCUCAGAAUGAUCAUCGGGUCUAUUGGUCCAACUUACUUAAUUGUAAGUUCUCAAAGUUGGCCCUGCCAAUACCUUACGAGGGUCUAAGUGGGAAAUCACUUGGGCCCACGAGGGAUGGUAUGAGGCUAACAACUUUUGCCAUCACAGGACACUGUAAUUUGAAUGGGCAUCUGUAUAAGAUGGGUCUAGUUGAAUCUCCCAUCUGCGAGGAAUGCGGGGAAGGGGACGAGACAAUGGCUCAUAUACUCACAGACUGUCCCGCUUACAGUGCCCUGAGAUUUAGGACCUUCCUUCGUUCUACCUUAAGGGUGGAGGAAGUAUGAGAGUAUCCUCUCAAAGACGUGCUGGCCUUUUUAAGGUCUGGCAGAUUCGCCAUCUUUGUAGCUGGGGAAUCGAGAGAGGCUCCGACACAAUAAUCGCAUGCGAGUGCAUUGAGGUGUCUGCAAUAGGUCCAACUGGUGACCUGCGCAGCUGGAUGUCUACCCCUAUGGGUAGGAAUCCUCCUCACAUAAUACAUACAUACUAUGAUGCAAGGUCUCCGGAACCAUACUUUGGAUAACGGCGGGGCACAAGCAACGACACGGUGAAAUUAUAUCCAAAAUUCCGACAGGAAAAAAGUCUUUAUACCCCGAUUAAAAUGUCAUGAAAUAUUUGUUCAAAGUCUUCCGUGUUAAAUAACAGUCAAAUUAGCAUCUGGGAUGUCGACCCGGAUCGUUUAGGAAGGCAAAGACACAUUGGCAUCUACUCAAAAAAUGAGCUGGUGAAAGAAGUGUCGAAAUUCUCCAAUUCAUGCUAUUUGGCGCCGACCAGUCUUUGAAGUUUGAUGGCGUGAGCUGGGAAAAUUUUGGACUUCACCAGAAGUGUUCAUUAACAUGCUGUCCGAUGAUUAUGGAUGGCAAUUCAACCAUUCAAACUCAUUUGUUGUAAACCAAAUCUUCAAUAAUUUUGAUGUGUGCUUAGAAUCGCCUUGCUAUAUGAAAAUAUAAUGAUUCCCUAACGGUUAUUUCCUCCCAUAGCCAUCAAAUUCCAACCCAGAACGUCGCAGUAGUAGUUGGAGUACAUGAUUACCUCGCUUGUAUUAAAGUUACGGACGCCCAUCCACAACGUAACGCCCAAACAAUUCGAUUUCCACACCCAUCCUUAAUGCUUAGCGUAUUGUAGUUGGUUUUAUCAGCGUGUCUUUGCUGAAUCCAUAUUCCACUGGUCCCAAUUUGAACCAAACAGGUUGAUGUUGACGUCGCCAAACAAUAUCAGGAGUUUCUAACAUUUAGCCGUCCAAUUAUCAUGAUUUUUAGCCCAUUUAGGGCUGUCUACAAUAUAGGCCUCGCGGAGAAAUAAAAUUCUAAAUGUUGCUCGCUAUUCAAAUCCAUCUUAAGCGAUCCUAUUCUUUAUAAUUCGCACAGACACUCGAAGAUCGUAUUCUUCCCUCGUUUCCAAACAGAUUUUUGGUGAAGAUAACCGUGAAAAAUUUGGCUUUUGGUGAAGUUGCCGUGAUCCGUCCAUGGGGGUGUGAUCCAUGUACGUAAUAAAUCUGUUAAAUUCCAUACCAUCCCAAAUGUUUUGCAGUUCUGGACUAUGCCGGCAACUGUACCAUUCUUAAUGGGUAGUUAGCCGGAAAUUCUUUGGUGUCGAAGCCUUUCAUCAUCAAAAUCUUCGAAGUUUUUUCUCAGGACGAGGUUAAGGUGUUUCUGAGUGAUUAUCAGCUUAUAUUAGUAACAGACAAUUAGUUCAGCAUUAGACAAAUGCUAUUUUUCAAUUAAUGAUGACUCAUUUGGUGCGUUAUGAGCGAUUUAAGAGGAUGUGUUCAAAAAUUAUAUUACAAAUACCUAAAAGUCAAAGGGUGUAAAGACUUUUUUCCUGUCGGAAUUUUGGAUAUAAUUUCACCGUGUCGUUGCUUGUGCAACGCCACUAUCCAAAGUAUGGUUCAGGGAACCUUACGUCAUAGUAAGUAAUUGCGCAAAAUUGCAGUUCAUCCUCUCCAGCUUCUCGAACAAUAUGAGGCUUUAUGUACAAAAAGUAUGAGGGUAUAAUGACUUUCUGCCUAUACUGUAUCUGCUUCUUGUCAGAGCACAGUAUAAAGAAAAUCUUGCCAAGCUUGAAAAACUUUAUGAAGAGCAUGGAGAAAAACAGAAAUGUUCUGAAAAUUUUAUCAGAUUUUUUGAAAUGUUUAGACUGUAUGCUUCAUACAGGAGAACGGAAGAGUUGUAAAAGAACUAAGCGUUAAAUUUCAUUGUGAUGUAAUUAAUUUUAUAAUUUGGUAAAAUUAUAAAGUUUAAAGUAAAUAUGUUCCUUGUAGGUAAUGGUACAAAACAGAAACGCGUUGAGAUUUUUGUCAAUUUGUGAAGUCAUUAUUUUACAAAUUAUUUAAUACAUAAAGUGAGAAAGUAACGGAUCUAUUUUAUAUUACUUUGUUUUCAAAUUUCCUAACCAGAUAGGUGUUAGUAUGACUGGCUAACACGAUUUAAUUAUUGCCUUUAGUACCACAAUUAGAAAAUCUAGUGAUAUGUAAUUAUUUGGCCUGCGCAUAUGACAAUAAUGUUUCAAAAAAAGUGCUAUAAAUAAAUUUGAAAUUGAUGUAUGUA